AUGUCUGUGGCUGAAACAUUGGCCAAGUGGAGAGACUAUAAUGCUCAGCUUGAGUCUUCUAGUGUUGAGGCCAAAUGUGCACGUAAACUUUCGGCCAUGGGAUCGAAGAAGGGGUGUAUGAAAGGAAAAGGAGGGCCUGAGACACUUUGCAAUUAUAGAGGGGUUAGGCAAAGGACUUGGGGUAAAUGGGUUGCAGAGAUUCGUUCUGUUGAUGACUCUACUACCAUGCCCAGUACAAGUAAGUCUACUACCAGGCCUAGUUUGGUAGAGGAUGAGUCUGGUGUAACAAGUUAUUCUGAGAAUAGUAGACUAGACCACUUUCUAGGUUGUUUUGAAAAUGAGUUUCUUGAUGUGCAAGAACUUAUGGCACUAUUAGACAAUGAUUCUCUUGGCUUCACAGAUUCAGAACUGAGUUUUGGUUAUGAUGGUGAUCAUCUCCACUAA